AUGUUUCUUGUGAAUUGGUUUUAUGGCACGCUCAAUUGGCUGGGACUGUACAAUAAGAAUGCCAAGAUUCUCUUCUUGGGCCUCGACAAUGCUGGCAAAACAACGCUGAUGCACAUGCUGAAGGACGACCGUUUGGCACAGCAUCAACCAACUCAAUACCCUACUUCGGAGGAGCUCCAGAUGCAGGGGAUCAAUUUCAAGGCCUUUGACCUGGGCGGCCACGAGAUUGCCAGACGGGUGUGGAAGGACUAUUACGCCAAGGUGGAUGCGCUGGUGUUCCUGGUGGAUGCGGUGGACAGGGAGCGCUUCUUGGAGUCCAAAAAGGAGCUGGAUGCUCUGCUGAGUGACGAGGCGCUGGCCGCCGUGCCUGUCCUCAUCCUGGGCAACAAAAUCGACAUCCCUCAGGCUGCCAGCGAGGAUGAGCUGCGCCUGAACCUGGGCUUGAUGAACUACACAACUGGCAAGGGCAAGGUUCCAGUCACGGAGAAUAGCCUGCGGCCCAUCGAGAUCUUCAUGUGCAGUGUGGUGAAGAGGAUGGGUUAUGGUGAGGGCUUCCGCUGGGUCUCCCAGUACAUCAAGUGA